AUGCUGGGUGACGUCUUUCCUUUGUCAAAUCGCGUGGGUUUGGAGGUUUGUGAUGAUGCCAUCAAGUCGGCGCACACGUUGGGUGAUGUCAGCGCUUUGGGCAACACAAGGAUUGUGUUAAGCAUCUUCGAGAAGGGGAAUCUGGGCUACGUUGAGAUGGACAAGAGUUUGGGUGACACCGUUGGUAGCUUCUCGGGCGGCGCUGUGGGCAACUUCAGUUUAUAUCAGAUGAGUGAGAUUGGGUUGGCGACAGUUGACUUCGAAAGGAGUGAAAACAUGGCCGAUGCCCAUAGGGGGUUUCAGGGCAACGCCAAAGUGGUUUGGGAGGCCAGCAACACCAAUGAAGCAGGUGAAGGUGACACCUCAAGCCAUGGGGGCAAUGCUGCUACUGAUUAUGGAGGUGAUGGUUUAGGAGACACGUUGGGCAAUAACCUAGGCAUUGGUUGUAAGGAAAAGAGGAGGUGGUGCCAGUGUCGCAUUCGAUAG